AUGUCGUGGAUACCACCAAAUCUAACGACUCUCUGCUCACCUCACUCCACAGUGUCAACCUGUCAACCACCCACGUUCAUGUUUCUCACGUUGGUCGCUCAUCUCUUCGGUCGUUCGAAAGAUGACUGCUCUUAUUAUCAUCCGUCUCGUGGUUCACCGUGUCGAUCGAACCACGUCGAGGGAUCGACGCCAGAGUUCAGCAACGACAACUUCAAAAACUGGCCGAAACAUGUGACGUACGGUCAUCAGUUUUCCACGUUGGAUAACGUCGAUAUCGGGGUGAUACCGACGAAAUCCAUCGGCGAAACUCACGACUUGGUGUCCUGGUACUACGGCGGGAUUUCAGGGAGAGACGAAAGUCGAGUGGUUCGCGAUGGACGAAUUUACGAUUUGUAUCCGAGGACGAGACCGAUCAGCGCGUUGGCUAUUGUUCACGAUGGUUUCGAGCAAGGAAGACUUUUUGACCAACCCCGAUGGACAAAUCACUUUACAAAUUCACAUCCACGUGGAUUGCAAAGAAUGUUCGUGGACGAAGAGAGACGAGAAACGAGUAUUCCCAAGAACGAGUACGAUUUUAUCAUCGUUGGAGCUGGAUCAGCCGGAUGUGUUCUUGCGAACAGAUUAAGCGAAAUAAAACAAUGGAAGAUAUUGUUGCUGGAAGCUGGUAUAGAAGAGCCCGAGGUAACCGAGGUUCCAGCUUUCGCCUCGAUGCUGCAAGCAAGCAAUAUCGACUGGAUGUAUCGCACGCAACCGGAGGAAUAUUCCUGUCGAUCCCGAAGGGGUGGAGGCUGCCCGUGGGCAAGGGGCAAAGUGAUGGGUGGCUCCAGUGCCAUCAAUUACAUGAUCUACAUUCGUGGUAAUCCAAGAGACUACGACGAAUGGGCAGAAGAAGGAAAUUAUGGCUGGAGCUACGAAGAAGUUCUACCAUACUUUCUCAAAUCAGAGAACAACACGGAUCCAGAGACAGUGCGAGAGAAUCGGCACUACCACGGCGAAGGGGGUUACCAAUCGGUAGAACGAUUCCCAUACAUCGACAUCAACACGAGAAUCCUGUUGGACGCGUGGCAGGAACUCGGCCACGAGCCAGUGGAUGCCAACGCGAACAGUCAGCUGGGCGUGAUGCGAUUGCAAAUGACUUCCGCUCGUGGAACGCGUCAAAGUGCGAACAGCGCCUUCCUGCGACCCGUCAGACACGCGCGCAAGAACCUGACCGUCGAAACUGGAGCACACGUCACGAAACUGCUGACGGACGCCGGGACGAGACGCGUGACUGGCGUGGAGUAUGUCACCUCAACUAGCGGAGCAGUGAAAUUCAACGUUGCUCUCGCUAGAAAGGAAGUGAUCGUCUCGGCUGGGUCGAUCAACUCGCCGAAGGUGCUCAUGCUGUCUGGGAUUGGGCCUAGGGAAGAGUUGGAGAGGCACGGUAUCAAGGUGAUCCGCGACUCGCCGGUUGGUAGAAAUCUUCAAGACCACGUGACGAUGGAUGGCCUGGUGAUCGCGUUGAACUUCACUUCCACGGCUAAAGACAAUCAUCUCAAGGAGCAGGAUAUUCUUCGCUACGAGAUGACGCACGGAGGACCUUUGUCCGCGACUGGCACUCUGUCUUGCGGCGUUUUCCUGCAGACGAUCUACCAGCGGAAGCACGGUGUCCCUGACGUGCAGUUCGCGUUCGACGCGAGCAACCAGCAGGACUUUCUCAACGAUCCAGCAGAGUACAAGGAGACGGCGGUCGAGCCGCUGUCUUACUACGACGCCAUAAACAUCAGGCCGAUCUUACUAUCGCCGAGGAGCAGGGGAUUCGUACUGUUGAACGACAGUGAUCCUCUCUGGGGGCCACCAUUCAUCUAUCCCGGAUAUUUCACCAGCUACCCCGACUUGGACGUGUUGGCGGAAGCUGUCCAAGCAGCUUUACACCUGUUUCACACGGAGUCGUUCAGGAACAAUGAUUUCAGGCUGAUGGACACACCGUUGCCCGCUUGCAGGCAGUUCGAGUUCGGCGAGAGAGAUUACUGGAAGUGCGUGAUGAUAGAGUACACCGCGACUAUUUAUCAUCCGGUCGGCACCUGCAAGAUGGGGCCAAAGUGGGACCCCGAGGCGGUGGUGGACGAGAGGUUGAGGGUGUACGGGGUUACUGGCCUCAGGGUCGUCGACGCCUCGAUCAUGCCGAGGAUCAUCAAGGGGAACACGAACGCGCCUACUAUCAUGAUCGCGGAGAAGGCUGGCGACAUGAUCAAGGAGGAAUGGCUGUACGGCGAGGAUCGGGGCCACUCUGCUGCUCGGCAAGGUGGCAAUAAUCCCCAUCAUCAUCGUGGCACUGGCCUACUACAACUACGAUCUAAUGGACCCGGAGAAUUAUCCGAAAGUGACGAAGAACAUAAGGGAGGAGUAUGAUUUCGUGGUGAUCGGCGGUGGAUCGGCCGGCAGCGUGGUUGUCAACCGGUUGACGGAGAAUCCAGCGUGGAGCGUGUUGCUGCUGGAGGCUGGAGGACACGAGACCGAGAUCACCGACGUACCUAUACUAUCUCUUUACUUGCACAAGAGCAAGGUGGAUUGGAAGUACAGGACGCAGCCGCAGGAUUCCGCUUGUCAGGCGAUGGUCGAUCGACGAUGCUGCUGGACCAGGGGGAAGGUUUUGGGAGGUUCGAGCGUGCUUAACACGAUGCUGUACAUUCGUGGGAAUCGACGAGACUUCGACCAGUGGGAGAGCUUUGGAAACCCUGGCUGGGGUUACGAGGACGUUCUGCCUUAUUUCAAAAAGUCGCAAGACCAACGGAAUCCCUAUCUGGCUCGCAACACUAAAUACCACGGCACUGGUGGUUACCUAACGAUCCAAGACUCGCCGUACAACACACCGUUGGGCAUAGCAUUCCUCCAGGCUGGCGAGGAGAUGGGCUACGACAUCGUGGACGUGAAUGGCCAGCAACAAACAGGCUUCGCGUUGUAUCAAUACACAAUGCGACGAGGGACCCGGUGCAGCACCGCCAAAGCUUUCGUCAGGCCGAUCCAAUUGCGGAGAAAUUUCCAUCUGUCUCUUUGGAGCCACGUGACCAAGGUGCUGAUCAAUCCAGCUACGAGGAGAGCCUACGGCGUCGAAUUCAUCAGAGACGGGCGCAAACACGUGGUGCACGCCAGGAAGGAGGUGAUCCUCUCAGCAGGUGCCAUAAACUCCCCUCAACUGUUGAUGCUGUCGGGGAUCGGGCCGAGGGAACACUUGCAACAAGUGGGGAUCCCGUUGGUCCACGAUUCGCCGGGUGUCGGUCAGAACCUGCAGGACCACAUAGCAGUCGGCGGCCUGGUCUUUCUGAUCGACUACCCGGUCAGCACGGUGAUGACCCGGCUGGUGAACCUGAACUCCGCUCUGAGGUACGCGAUCACGGAGGACGGGCCACUGACGUCGAACAUCGGCCUCGAGACGGUCGGGUUCAUCUCGACGAAGUACGCGAACCAGAGCGACGACUGGCCGGACAUCGAGUUCAUGCUCACCUCCUCGUCCACAACGUCCGACGGCGGCACCCAAGUGAAGAACGCCCACGGGCUCACCGACGAGUUCUACAACAACGUGUUCGAGGCCAUCAACUACCGCGACCUGUUCGGCGUGUUCCCGAUGCUCCUCAGGCCCGAGUCCCGUGGCUUCAUCAAGCUGAGGUCGAGCAACCCUCUGGACUACCCCCUCAUGUAUCACAAUUACCUGACCAAUCGACGAGACGUCGACGUGCUGCGCGAGGGCGUGAAAGCCGCGAUCGCGUUCGGCGAGACGAGCAGCUUGAAGAGGUUCGGCGCCAGGUUCUACAGCCGCGCCCUGCCGAACUGCCGUCAUCUGGCCAUGUUCACAGACGAGUACUGGGACUGCGCCAUUAGACAGUACACGAUGACGAUUUAUCACAUGAGCUGCACGGCCAAGAUGGGCCCGCCCAGCGAUCCCAUGGCCGUCGUGGAUCCCGAGUUGAGGGUGUACGGCGUGACCGGGCUGAGAGUGAUCGACGCGUCGAUCAUGCCAACCAUCACCAACGGGAACAUCAACGCGCCGGUGAUCAUGAUCGGCGAGAAGGGCGCCGAUUUGAUCAAGAGGCAAUGGUCGACGAGGAGAAAGAGGGACAACGUGACGAGUGACGACGAGAGACUGUUGGUGGGAAAUUAUUGA